AUGGAAUCGAAUGCAACUGUGAUUGGAAGAGGAACUUUUGGAUUCGUCGUGCUAGCCGGUGGACAUCCAAAAAUAGCUGCCAAAUACAUACUCAAAGGACAAACAGCUAUUUUCAAAAAAGAGCAAGAAGCCAUGGAGAAACUCAGCCAUCCGAAUAUCGUGAAAUUCUAUGGAUUUGGUGAAGACGAGUAUUUCAAUAUCAUCAAAAUGGAGUACUGUGAAAGGAACUCGCUUUUACAAAUACUAGAUGACCCAAGCAUUAUCUACUCGAUGGUCACAGCUAUCUGCUGGGGUGAACACAUGUUUGCGGCACUGAAACAUUUGGAGAAAGUGGGCAUCCUUCAUCGAGACAUCAAACCUGAAAAUGUUCUUGUUGACCAUCAAUUCAUCUUGAAAUUGGCCGAUUUUGGCUGUGUGCGAGAUUCGAAGUCCGCAAAAUCGUUCACAUCAGUUGGCACUCUUCGUUACAUGAGCCCCGAGACAGCUGGUGCUUUGGGCAUUUCGCAGUCAACCCUAUUGAGUGACGUUUAUGCAGUUGGUUUGAUAUUAUGGGAGAUUAUAGAAAGAAGAAGAGUCUAUUCGGAGUACGGUUUGAAUCCCUUCAGUCAACAAUCACUUUUUCGCGAUAUCCUGGACAAAAAAACUGUGCUUUCUGAUCCAAAUUGUGUACAGGACGGGAUUAAGGAUUUUAUUCGAAGAAGCACAAGCUUUUAUCCAAAUGAUAGACCGAGAAAUGAUGAAUCUCUUUCCUUUUGGUCCAAUUUGAGAGAGAAGUAUGGAAUUGAAACUUUCUUACCAAUUAUUGAUCCUCAACAAAAAAGUUUAAUUCGACCAAUCGGUUUUGAUGGGACAUUGAAUCGAGUGGCACUUGAGGAGGAUUGGAUUUCUUUAUCUCAU